UGCCACUCACCAGAGACCGAUGCCAGAGAGUUUCCACAGCUAUUUCUGCCCACACUUCGGAGACACUGGAGGAAUGGCACAGACUCUGUGACUGGAUUUUGAACGUCUAUCCCAGUGAGCGAAUCAUGGCCAGCACAGCGGUUCAACUCCUUGGCUUCUUCUUAGGGCUGUUGGGGUUUGUAGGAACUGUUGUUGCAACGCUGCUCCCCCACUGGCGCAGCACAGCCUAUGUGGGCUCCAACAUCAUCACAACCACUGCCUAUAUGAAAGGCCUGUGGAUGGAGUGUGUAUGGCACAGCACUGGCAUUUACCAGUGUGAGCUGUACAGAUCUCUACUGGCACUGCCACGCGACCUGCAGGCUGCCCGGGCGCUCAUGGUGCUCUCCUGCGUCACCUCAGUCCUGGCAUCUCUGGUUUCAGUGAUGGGGAUGAAGUGUACCCGCUUCGCCCGUGACUCCACAAUCAAGUCUCCGCUGGUGCUAAGUGGGGGGAUAUGUUUUCUCUGUGCUGGCCUGCUUUGCCUCAUCACCGUGUCCUGGACAACCAACGAUGUCAUCAUGGAUUUCUACGACCCCUUCCUUCCCAGUGGGAUGAAGUAUGAGAUCGGCCUGGCCGUGUACCUCGGUUACGCCUCGGCCUGCGUCAGUCUGACCGGAGGACUGGUGCUAUGCUGGAGCAGCAGCAGUGACAGGCCACGGAGGCCGCCCCUCCACAUGCAGAGGAAUCAACCAUUAUCACCUCCCCCUGCCUUCCACCACAUAUACCCUCCCGCUCCACCCUACAAGCCUCCCGAGGCCCUGAAGGACAAUCGCGCUUCCUCACUUUGCUCCCUUUCCAGCAGUGGCUAUAGGCUCAACAACUACGUCUGA